GGUCCCUUAUUUAGUUUGUUCGCACUACACAUUUUUGAUACGCUGUGAAUGGUAGUUUUCUAAAACAAAAAGUUUUAAGUUAACCAGGUUGCAAAAUUGACCGGAUGUGACGGAGUCUGGAUUAGUUUGUUUUCCCGAUGGGCGUGGCCUGUAACCCUCCUGUGUGUCUGACUGUUGGAACAAAAUGUAAACAGCUAGCAUGGCCGUUCACCAACCAGCGUCAGCGCAGAUUGCAGACUCAGACACGCUGUCGCCAGUCAUGGCGGAGUCUAGUUCAGAGCCUGCAGCAGCAGAUCUGCUGAUCCAACGCAGCAACGAGGAAGUGUCAUCUGAAAGCGUCUCCAAAGAACUAAUCGUAAUGAUGACCACGCAGGGGCCGGGCCCCACACCGAGGUCAGAUGUUGAAGCCAAGGCCCUGAGCUGCAGCAACGCCGGCGACAGUCCUGUUCCGACCAAAGUCCUGGAGGAGGACACGUCCACGCCACCCGAGUCUUCGUCGCUGUCAUCUGAAAAUGGGACAGUAACUGCUGUGACCACAGAGGAAGAAUCUUUGUCAGUUCUGCUUCGACAGAACAAGACUGAAGGAGGAGGAGACACAGGUCUGGAUGUGGACCUGGAAGACAGCUCAUCCCUCCUGACGGGGGGCGGCUCAGAUGACCAACGGGAGUCCACAGACUCCGCCUCUUUCUCCAUCCCCAGCCUGGAGAUGUCAGACGGUAUCACGGGCACAGGAAACUCUCUGGAUGUGGAGGAUGGCCUGUCCUCGUCCCACUCUGUUCAGGGUGUGGACGGCGGCUCUCCGUCCACUGAGGUCCCCAGUCUGAGGGACACCGAGACACUGGAAGCUGCCGGGGGUGCUGUGGCUGCCGCAGGUCCUCCUCCUGCUGCUUCCACAGCAGCCGCUGAGUGCGGGCCCUGCAUGCCGGCGUAUUACCUGGUGAAGUGGAUCACCUGGAAGGAGAAGAAGACGCCCAUCAUCACUCAAAGUGAGAACGGACCCUGCCCCCUGCUGGCCAUCAUGAACACACUCUUCCUCCGCUGGAAGGCAAAACUUCCCUCUCAGACUGAAGUUGUCACUACUGAGGACCUGAUGGCUCACCUGGGUGAAUGUGUGUUGUCUGUCACACCCAGAGAGAAGGCUGACGGGAUGGAGCUCAACUUCCAACAGAAUAUGAGCGAUGCCAUGGCGGUGCUCCCCAAGUUGUCCACAGGCCUGGACGUUAACGUGCGUUUCACCGGAGUGACAGACUUUGAAUACACACCAGAGUGUAUCGUGUUCGACCUGCUGGACAUCCCGCUGUACCACGGCUGGUUGGUCGACCCUCAGAGCCCAGAGAUGGUGGCUUCUGUGGGGAAACUGAGUUACAAUCAGCUGGUUGAGAAAAUCAUCGACUACAAACACUCUGCAGACAGCAGCCGAGUCAGUGAAGGUCUGGUGGCAGAGCAGUUCCUGGAGUCGACGGCGACCCAGCUGUCGUAUCAUGGUCUGUGUGAGCUCAACACGACGGCCAAAGAGGGAGAGAUCUCAGUGUUCUUCAGGAACAACCACUUCAGUACCAUGAUCAAACACAAGGGUCACCUGUACCUGCUGGUGACGGAUCAGGGCUUCCUGCAGGAGGAGGGUUUGGUCUGGGAGUCUCUUCAUAAUGUUGAGGGAGACGGAAACUUCUGCGACUCGGACUUCAGACUGUGUCAUCCUCCGCAGAGAGCUCCGCCCAGCGCCGCCCUGCCGCCCAGCGCUCAGGAGCAGCAGAGGCAGAUCGACCAGGACUACCUGGUGGCGGUGUCCCUGCAGCAGCAGCAGGGCGGGGCCCCGGGGCCCCUCAGCGACCUGGAAUUGGCCCGACAGCUCCAACAGGAGGAAUACCAGCAACAGCAGCAACAGCAGCAACAGCAGCAACAGGCAUCACUGCAGGCAACACAGCAGGUCAGAGGUCAGGGGUCACAGCAGGGCGCAGCCAGGAGAAGAGACAAGGACUCAGACUGUGUCGUCCUAUAGACUCUUCAUCACCGUCAUCUUCAUCGUCCAACACACACACACACACACACACACACACACACACACACACACAAAACACCCAUCAGAUUUGAUAUCUGAGCCAUUAACCACUGUGGAGAUUCAGUUUGUGAAACAAACUGAGAGGAUGUUAACAGGACAAAAUAAAGUUUCUGCUUUUCCCUUUGAAGGAGCAGACUUACAUUCUGAGUCAGUGGGAGGAGGAGGAGCUGCAGACCACAGAGAGGUUUGUUAGGUCAACUCAUGGACUGAAUGGUCAUCAGGAAAUUAAAAGUAACAGCUGGAUGGAAGUCAAAAUAAUUCAGAUCAAUGGAGACAAUAAUGGGAGAACAGGUUUGGUAUUUUUGUAGUUUUUCUGUGAGCAGUACUUUCACCAAAGAAAACCUCAGGAGACAAAAUCACCACCAAGAACAAAAUAUUGGAAUGUUUUGAGCCAAAUAAUCGAAAUCCAACUAAAAAUCCAGACGUCACUGUUGUCUUAAUAUGUAAUUGGGACUCAUGUCCUAAUUGUAACACUCAUAAAUGGUUAUAAUUACGUAAAAUGAUGAUAACUAAGAGCUCUCAAACCAGAUCUUCUUUUCUCAGUGAGAUCUUUGCAUGAAAAAUAUUUCAAGAUUAUGAACGUCAUCCUCACAAUGAUACGAAACAUUUCUAAAUAUCAGAUUUUUCUAGCACAGUUACAUGAAAUAAGCUCGUGUUUUAGAAUAUUUACCUUUUGAUUGUGAGAUAAUUACGAUGGUGAUGUCCCCAUGUGGUUUUGUUUUCGAUGAAUGUGAUUGACCAUUUCAGAGUUUUUCAAACCCGUCCAACUUGAGUUCUUUUCUUUAAACAAAGUUUUAAAAAGUAAAACCCCUCCACCUGCGUCUCUCCACCUCAAAAAUUUUAAAUUCAAAGAUCAAUUAAUUCUUAGUCCUGCUUCUCCAUGAGAUGAUGCUGUUUAUUAAAGUGUUUUCAUGUUGGUUAUUUUCUCUUCACACAGUGAAAAAUAAAUCCACCCGUCUCUCAUGAUGUUAGCGAGGUUAGCUUUUCUCAUUGAAACCAAGACAAUAUGAAGUCUCCUGUCCUGCUUGAAUUCAAGACAAACUGACAAGAUGCCUCGAUUAAAUGCAAACUGAACGCAGAGGAGCCUCAUGCUGCUCUAGCAGAUUUAGUGUUAAAUGUUUAAAACCAACUAAAGUUAAAAACAUCAAGUAAACAUUUUCAAAUGACAGAACACAUUUUCAUUCAUAAAUGCACUUUUAAGAGUUUUUCACAUUGGAUGUGUUCGAGGUGAUGGAAGGAAGAAAGAAGGCAAUGAAAGGUUUUCAGCAGCACGGACGAGUUUCAGCAGACUGCAUGGUUUUCCUCUCCAGAUGUCACUCUAAAAUCCAACACUUUCACCAGUUACUGUUGUAAGUUUAUUUCUAAAGCAUCUCUGCCUUAGAUUCAAGGCCAAUCUUAAAACGUUGUCGAUUUAGAUAAUGCAAAUCAAAAUGUGACUAGAACAUUAUGGUAAUAACGUCCAGACUGACGUAGGAGAGGAAGACAUGGAUGAGUUAAAACUCGUUCCUGACGCCAUCAAACGUGAUUUAAAAGCACUUCUCGGGUCCAAGAUCCCUUCAUCCCUCCUGUUGCAUUGAUAAAGAGUUUGUACCUUUUGUACAGCUCAAGGCAUCUAUUUUUCUCCAAUAAGUACAUAUAUACAAGAGAAAAGAAAGAACACAAGCUAUUUAAGUUGUUUAUCUGGUAAACUAUAGUCAUAGCUGUGAGUUUGCCAAGCGCGGUGAUGUGUAAGCUAGCAGGCUAACGGUUAGCAGACAGUAACAUGAUGCUGCUUUACAAUAACAGAACUGUGCUUCUCCUUCAAUAGUGGUUAAAACACAAAAACCCUCAGAGAACAACUGUGCACAUGAUAGUCAUAAGACAGGAACAUUAAAUAAUGGCUUUACUCCAGUGAGAAGCUUUUAUAGUAUUUUGCAGUCAUAUAGUUGGUUCAUAAAAAUGUUAGAACA